AGGAGAGCCCGUGUUUAAGCUCAUAUCAACAUCAAGAGAUUUCAUGGCUGCUUGGUUGUGCUUCUGUUCCAUCAACGCACUAUAACAACCUUCAAGCCUUGAGGCUGACAGUGGUGGUGGGAAGUUCAGGAUAAUAUCCCAUUAUCAGUAUGGCAGAUGACAAUGAAGAAUUGCCAGCAGAGGAAGAUCUACCGGUAUCAGAGGAAAAUUUAGAACAGCUGAACAUGGGCAGCCCACCUGAGCGGAGUGGUCAUGUGGCUGUUACUGAUGGAAAAUGCAUGUUUAUUUGGGGUGGAUAUAAGAAUGCUCAAGUGAGGGGCAUUUAUGACUUCUAUCUGCCAAGAGAUGAAAUCUGGAUCUAUAACAUGGAAACUGAACGAUGGACAAAACACAGAACCACAGGAGAUGUGCCUCCAUCUAUGUCAGGAAGCUGUGCUGUGUGCGUGGACAAGGUUUUGUAUCUGUUUGGAGGGCACCAUGAUUGUGGCAACACAAAUAAGUUCUAUAUGCUAAACUCCAGAUCAAAUGAUGGAGUGUUGCAGUGGGUCAGAGUGGACUGCCAGGGUAUUCCUCCAUCAUCAAAAGACAAGCUCGGAGUAUGGGUUUAUAGAAAUAAACUUAUAUUCUUUGGUGGCUAUGGCUAUUAUCCUGAUGUGGAGCAGAUUGGAACCUUUGAGUUUGAUGAAACCUCUUUUUGGAAUUCAGGUCUUCCUAGAGGGUGGAAUAAUCACGUACAUGUCCUAGAUACGGAGACGUUUACUUGGAGCCAGCCUGUGACCACGGGUAAAUCACCAUCACCCCGAGCCGCCCAUGCUUGUGCUACAGUUGGAAACAGAGGAUAUGUCUUUGGAGGCAGAUACCGAGAGUCUAGAAUGAAUGAUCUUUAUUUUCUUAAUCUGGAAACAUGGGAAUGGCAACAAAUAGUUGUGCAGGGCAGUUGCCCUGUUGGACGAUCUUGGCAUUCUUUAACUACCAUUUCCUCAGAUCAUCUCUUCCUCUUUGGUGGCUUCACAACAGACAAGCAGCCACUCAGUGAUGCCUGGAUCUAUUGCAUCAGUAAAAAUGAAUGGAUACAGUUUGAACACAACUAUUUAGAGAAACCCCGACUCUGGCACACCGCCUGCGCAAGUGAUGAGGGAGAAGUGAUCGUCUUUGGGGGCUGUGCCAGCAAUUUACUUGCCCAUCACAAAGCAGCACAUAGUAAUGAGAUACUUGUGUUUUCUCUUCAACCCAAAUCCCUGGCAAGAUUGUGUCUAGAGGCUGUUAUGUGCUUUAAAGAGACCCUGGCCAGUUCCUGGCACUGCCUUCCCAAGCACCUGCUCCAUAGACUCAACCAGCGCUUUGGUAGUAACAACACAUCUGGAUCAUAGGGAGAAUCUUCACUGGUCAUGCUGUAUAUAGAUGGCCCUUCUAUAAAAAGAUGUAAUAAUUUUACCAUCCCUGAAUGACAAAAAGAAAUUUGUAUAAAAUGUUCCUGUGUUGUAAUUAGUGACUACGUUUUGAUGUCUUUUGAUUGCAUGUGAAUAACUUAGAAAGAGAACCUAUUUUUGUGUAAGAUUUGGUUGCAAUAAAUGUAUUAUUUAAUGCAA